AUGCAAGAUAAGGAUAUCUUCCACGAUGAAGUCCUAGAACUACUAGCUAAUGCCGAUGUUGACGUCGCACCUAGUAUGCCGAUACCAGAAAGUUUCCCUUUAAAAGAUAGGCGAGAAGAAGAAGUUCUUCGCGACGGAAGAAGCAACUAUAAGUACGGAUUAGGAAUGCAUCUGUGCCCUGUAACGAAAAGAAUGCAUUGUUGUCAUAUUGUGCUGUUAUAUGUAUACCAGUCUAAACUAAAGAUUUUCUUUCGCUUCGCUGCCCUUCACCGAUAA